GUCGCCAGGAGACGCCGCGGACGGGAGCCGGCUCGGGUCAAGCGGCGGCGGCGGCGGAGGCGGAGGCGGCAGCGGGAGAGGCCGCAGCGGCGGSAGCGGCGCCGCCAUGGGGGAGCUGUUCCGCAGCGAGGAGAUGACCCUGGCCCAGCUCUUYCUGCAGUCUGAGGCCGCGUACUGCUGUGUCAGUGAGCUGGGCGAGCUGGGCAAGGUCCAGUUCCGCGAUCUGAACCCCGACGUGAAUGUGUUCCACCGUAAAUUCGUCAAUGAAGUCCGGAGGUGCGAGGAGAUGGAUCGAAAGCUCCGGUUUGUGGAGAAGGAGAUUAAAAAGGCAAACAUUCCUAUCAUGGACACUGGAGAAAACCCGGAGGUGCCUUUUCCACGUGACAUGAUUGACCUGGAGGCAAACUUUGAGAAAAUUGAAAACGAGCUCAAAGAAAUCAACACCAACCAGGAGGCUCUGAAGAAAAACUUCUUGGAGCUGACAGAAUUAAAAUUUAUACUGCGUAAAACUCAGCAGUUUUUUGAUGAGGCUGAAUUGCAUCAUCAGCAGAUGGCGGAUCCAGACCUGUUGGAGGAAUCCUCUUCACUGCUGGAGCCGAGUGAGAUGGGAAGAGGUGCCCCRCUCCGACUCGGGUUCGUGGCUGGUGUGAUCAACCGUGAGCGCAUCCCCACCUUCGAGCGGAUGCUGUGGCGCGUGUGCCGCGGGAACGUCUUCCUGCGCCAGGCAGAGAUCGAGAACCCGCUGGAGGACCCUGCCACGGGGGAUUACGUGCACAAGUCUGUAUUUAUCAUCUUCUUCCAAGGUGACCAGCUGAAGAACAGAGUCAAGAAGAUCUGUGAAGGGUUCCGGGCCUCCCUCUACCCAUGCCCAGAAACACCCCAGGAGAGGAAGGAAAUGGCUUCUGGUGUCAAUACCAGAAUUGAUGAUCUUCAGAUGGUGCUGAACCAAACAGAGGAUCAUCGCCAGAGGGUUUUGCAGGCGGCCGCUAAAAACAUCCGCGUCUGGUUCAUCAAAGUGCGGAAGAUGAAGGCCAUUUACCACACCCUCAACCUGUGCAACAUCGACGUGACACAGAAAUGCUUGAUUGCUGAAGUGUGGUGUCCUGUUGCUGACCUCGAUUCCAUCCAGUUUGCWCUCAGGAGAGGCACUGAGCACAGCGGAUCCACUGUCCCAUCUAUUUUAAACAGGAUGCAAACCAACCAGACCCCACCCACRUACAACAAAACUAACAAGUUUACUUCUGGCUUCCAAAACAUUGUUGAUGCUUACGGCAUUGGGACAUAUCGGGAAAUAAAUCCAGCACCCUAUACCAUCAUCACCUUCCCAUUCCUGUUUGCUGUGAUGUUUGGGGAUUUUGGCCAUGGAAUCCUGAUGACUCUGAUUGCUGUCUGGAUGGUGGUGAGGGAAAGCCGGAUUCUGUCCCAGAAGAGUGACAAUGAGAUGUUCAACAUGGUGUUCAGUGGUCGAUACAUCAUCCUGCUGAUGGGGCUGUUCUCCACAUACACUGGUCUCAUUUACAACGACUGCUUCUCCAARUCCCUCAACAUGUUCGGUUCCUCRUGGAGYGUCCGGCCCAUGUUCACUAAAGGCAACUGGUCAGAUGCUUUGCUGGAGACCACUCCCCUGCUGCAGCUGGAUCCUGCUAUCCCCGGGGUUUUUGGUGGGCCCUACCCGUUUGGCAUUGACCCGAUCUGGAAUAUUGCCAGCAAUAAGCUGGCCUUCCUCAAUUCCUUUAAGAUGAAGAUGUCUGUGAUCCUUGGCAUUUUCCAGAUGCUCUUUGGUGUCGCCUUGAGUCUCCUCAACCACAUUCUCAUCUUCUACAAGUGGACAGCUUACGAUGCUCACACAUCCAAGGAAGCACCGAGCCUCUUGAUACACUUUAUCAACAUGUUUYUGUUCUCCUAUGAGGACACCAGUAAUAAAAUGCUUUAUAGUGGGCAGAAAGGGCUCCAGUGUUUCCUSGUGGUGGUGGCGUUGUUGUGUGUGCCGUGGAUGCUGGUGGCCAAACCCCUGGUSCUUCGCCAGCAGUAUUUAAGGAGAAAACACUUGGGCACGCACAACUUUGGUGGGAUCCGGGUGGGCAAUGGCCCAACGGAGGAGGAUGCUGAGAUCAUUCAACAUGACCAGUUAUCUACCCAUUCUGAGGAGGGGGAAGAGCCUACAGAGGACGAGGUGUUUGACUUUGGUGACACCGUGGUGUACCAGGCCAUCCACACCAUCGAGUACUGCCUGGGCUGCAUCUCCAACACGGCGUCCUACCUGCGCCUCUGGGCCCUCAGCUUGGCCCACGCACAGCUCUCCGAGGUGCUCUGGACCAUGGUGAUCCACAUUGGCCUCAGUGUCAGGAGCCUGGGGGGAGGCUUGGGCCUCGUCUUCAUCUUUGCUGCUUUUGCCACGCUGACAGUGGCCAUUCUGCUGGUCAUGGAGGGGCUGUCAGCCUUCCUCCACGCUCUGCGCUUGCACUGGAUCGAGUUCCAGAACAAGUUCUACACUGGCACAGGGUUCAAGUUUCUCCCUUUCUCCUUUGACAUCAUCCGUGAGGGGAGGUUUGAUGACUGAGCCCCCCACUCCAGCAGUGUUAAACGUUGUGUGUGUGUGUGUGUGAGUGACCCUCCCAACACCAAUUGUGUGAGUGACCCCUCCCCGUGUGUCCGAGUUGUGUGUGUAGUGACAGUUAACUUAUUGCAGCACCCCUGAGCGUUCCCAUGGCAUCCCAAAGCCAAAAGCUUUCACGUUCUGGGGUGAUGACACUGGAUCACAGAAACUUUCUGUUCUUUACGUUUACUCCCAAAGGUACCAAGUGCAUGAGGUGUCUCUUUUUUUUGGUGUGCUCCUUGUAUUGUGCAUUCCUUGGCAGCUGAUCAGGGCAGGAGAGAAAUGCAGCUGUGCUGAGGGGACAAAAGAGCACGUGGAGGAAAGGUCCAACGACCUCAACACGGGAAGAAUGAGGGCUGUUCCCCCUCUUAUUGCUGGAAUUUGGCUGCCUGGCUGUCACUGAGGGCAGGAUGGGGAGGGAUGAGCCUUGUUGGAAACUGGCACGUGUCACUGCAGGAAUUGCCACUGGCAGGGGAGCUUCUGGAGGGCUUCUGGUUUAAAACCAAAGCCUCGAAGCACAUCAGAUAGUGGUUAUGUGGGUUUGGCAUUGGUGGAGGCAGCUUUUGCACAGGUGGAGGUAGCAGUGACUCACAUUGUCUGUGCACUCAGGGCUGAGGAGCCCUUUAUGGGAGAGCAGUGGCCCACUCUUGCCAAAAUAGCACCACGGCAGGGGGUGUGUGGUGUGUCCCUGCAUUAGCUGUUGUUUUCUCUCCUGCCCCAGCUGUCAGUGUUUCCUUGCACUCCUCAACUCGAUGUAGCUGUAGCAGCAGUGGGGUGUGUGUUAGUGCUGUGUGUGACUGUCGGGGUUAAUUCUCCCAGUGGAGCUGAGUGUUUGUGUGUGAACAGAUUAUCCUUGACCUGGAAGCAAGCAGGAAAURCCUCGAGGUGCCAGGCUGCUUAAAAUUAGGUGAGAAAGUUACACGUACAUUGCACACUGCAGUGUGGGGCAUGGGGAGCCUUGUGCUGCACUUGGGCACUCACAGUGUCACRGGUGGACGUGGUGACCAUUCACAGAGGUUUUUGCACACUGAAGGGUGAAAUCAAAGCUGCAGGUGGAGCAUUGACAUGAGUCCUGCUGUGUUCUGCUGCCUGGGUGAAACRUGUUGCUGACAGUCACUGUAUAAAUUAAAUUAACUCCACAACAAGUACCGUGCUCUGUUUUCUGU